CAUACAUUCCUCUUGUUCCUUUCACAGAAUAGCAAGCAAAAUUCCACCCUCCUUUCCUUCCUCUCUAUUAUAAACAGGAUCUGUUCAAUCAAGAAAAAGAGAAACAGAAAAGAUAGGGGAAUUCAAUUCCUUCCCACCAUCAACACCAAUCAAGAAGUUUAAGAAAAGAUUUUGUUACCUCUAAAACGUGCUUCUACAGUCGUACCAUUUUUUAUUUUUUAUUUUUUUUUAAAAAAAUAUUAUCUUUUUUCUCCCUAAAUUUUCAUUAUAUUUCAGCUUCUGGGAGGCCCAGGAAGAAGAGGCUUUAAGCUGGAGAGAAGAGAAAUUAACUCAGUUGGCGAUGGGCAUAGGUCGGCUCCGGCAACAGAUAUGACAUGGUGUAACAACUCCGCCGCCGUCGCGACGUCGAAGUUCGACUCCAGAAUUCGCAGCGUGACUUGCCCUUCAUGUGGCCAUAGCAUACAACUUGAAAGUCAGGGGAUACAUGAUUUGCCUGGUCUACCCGCCGGCGUGAAGUUUGAUCCUUCCGAUCAAGAAAUUCUGGAGCAUUUGCAGGCGAAGUCUGUUUCCGACAGCCGGAAACUUCAUCCUCUUAUUGAUGAAUUCAUUCCCACAAUUGAAGGUGAAAAUGGGAUUUGCUAUACUCAUCCAGAGAAACUCCCAGGGGUGAACAAGGAUGGGCAGGUCCGGCAUUUCUUUCACCGGCCGUCGAGAGCGUACACCACAGGGACAAGAAAGCGGCGGAAGGUGCACACGGAUGCCGACGGUGGCGAGACAAGGUGGCAUAAAACCGGCAAGACUAGGGCAGUGUUUGGGGAAGCUAAUCUGAGAGGGUACAAAAAGAUCCUGGUUCUGUACACCAACUACGGCAGGCAAAGGAAACCGGAGAAGACAAAUUGGGUAAUGCACCAGUACCACCUCGGGCAGGACGAAGAGGAGAAAGAUGGAGAGUUGGUGGUGUCCAAAGUGUUCUACCAAACGCAGCCCAGACAGUGUGGAUCCUCCUCGUCAUCAACCUCAAAACAACCGCUCAACAAAACGUCAGUGUCCUUUAGCAGGCGUGACAACAGUUUCGUUGAUUACUAUAAUCCUCCUUUCAUUUCCUCGUACCAUGUCGGAACCCAAAACCCAGAUGCCCAACCUCAUCAGCUGAUCCCCAGUUUGGUCGUUCAUGCUGAUACUUCAUCCUUCAUUAAUCUCUCUUCAAAUUCAAGUAAAGACAAAUGAAAAAAUAAACAAUUUUUACUUUAUAGGGUGGUGAUGGUGGCUUGUUGUGUGCCAUAUAUAGUAGCUUAGCUUACACAAGAAAUUUAAGAUUUAUACACAGUAACUAGCUAAUUGGAUGGGUUAUUGUAGGAUUUUUAUUUUUUAUUUUUUUACCUGUAAUAAAUGAUGAGUUUUAUUAGCUUUGAUUUA